GAACAAGGGGAGGACAGGAGGAGGAGGGGGUUUUCUAGGGUUUCUGGAGUUCGACGACCGCCGCCGCCGUCACGCUGGUUCCCAUCGCCGAAGGAGAGAGGAUGGAGGAGAGCCGCGCGGACGGGCGGAACCCGAACCAGCUCCGCCCCUUCUCCUGCACACGCAACCCUCUCGACCGCGCCCAUGGCUCCGCGCGGUGGGCUCAGGGGGACACCAUCGUGCUCGCCGCCGUGUACGGGCCAAAGCCGGGAACCAGGAAGGGGGAGAAUCCCGAGAAGGCAUCCAUUGAGGUCGUCUGGAAGCCCAUGACCGGCCAGAUUGGGAAGCAAGAGAAGGAGUAUGAGAUGACGCUCAAGAGGACAUUGCAGAGCAUUUGCCUGCUCACUGUUCAUCCAAACACCACCACCUCUGUCAUUCUUCAGGUUGUGGGCAAUGAUGGUUCUCUUCUUCCAUGUGCAAUUAAUGCUUGCUGCGCAGCCCUUGUUUUUGCUGGCAUCCCCUUGAAACAUCUUGCAGUUGCAAUUGGUUGUGGAGUACUGGAGGAUGGUGAAGUGAUUUUGGACACAAACAAAGCAGAAGAGCAGCAAUUGAAAUCAUUUGCUCAUUUGGUGUUCCCCAAUUCACGCAAGUCUGCUAGUUCAAAAGAACCAAACCAGAAAGAGGAGGAUUCUGAGAGAGGAUUGAUAACUUCCAUUACCCAUGGAGUGAUGUCCGAGGAAGAUUAUUUCAGCUGCAUAGAGAGGGGCCUUGCUGCAUCGUCACGGAUCUCGGAUUUUAUGAGGACAACAUUGCAGAAGCAGGCACCUGGAGAUGUCUGAGAGGAGGCAAUCAUGCGAUAGAAAACGCCUCAACAUUGCAGAAGCACAAGGUUGUAGCAGCUCAUGUUUUGAAUAUGAAACGCGUGGGGACUCUUGGUGCAUUAUUGAUGUUUGAAAUUGGCUCAUAGAUGUGCAUGGAUGGUGGAGCGAUCCGGCAGGAAAUAUGUAGCGCCUUGUUCGCAUUUUUUGUGAAUGUUGAGCUGCUUUGGUAGUGACUAGUGAGUUCGUUUGUAGUACUAGUAGCGAGGGAACUGUCGUUUGUUUAGAUGAGCAAGGAAGAAAUGCCUUUUUGUAACUCAGGAAGAAGUCAAAGCAGUUGUGUAACAAACCACUUUGCCAUGUUGCUGCACAUUUUUGGUCGCCCUGUUUAUGAUGAAGGUGAGCAAUACAUGAGAGGAAGAAUUCAUCGCUUUUAGUUGAUUCAAA